UCCUCCCUGGGAAGCUGGGGUCGGAUGGUCCCGGGUCAGAAUCGCUGCAGUCAGUCGCGGUGCUCUCUGUUCUCACCAUGCGGUUGUUCCCUGCGCUGCUCGUACUCUGCCUCCUGGCCUCCGCCGCCGCUAUCUCCCGGCAGGAACUCUUCCCGUACGGAGAACACCGGGGGGAUCUGCUGCUACCGGACGGGGACGACGAGACCUCCGAGAUCCUGCAACUCGCACAGCCGCUUCUCUUCUACGAGGCGGAGUUCAAAGAGCUCUAUGUAGGGACCAAUGGAAUCAUCUCCCCUCAAGACUUUCCCCGAGAGACACAGUACGUGGACGACGGCUUUCCCACUGACUUCCCAGUGAUCGCCCCGUUCCUAUCUGAUAUAGACACAAGUAACGGUAGAGGGAAGGUUUACUACCGACAGGACAAUUCCCCUGAGAUCCUCAGCACUGCAGCCAGACAGAUCGAGAGGGGCUUCCCAGAGGCGGCCUUCUCCCCCAAUAAUGUUGUGUUGGUGACCUGGGAUAACGUGGGGCCCUACGAGGAGGUGACCAGACAUUCCGAGUCUUCCAAUAAGUUCAACACAUUCCAGGCCGUGCUGGCGUACGAUGAGUCCGACUCCUAUGCCAUAUUCCUGUACCCAGAACAUGGACUCCAGUUUUUUGGGACCAGGCCUAAAGAGUCAUACAAUGUCCACCUUGAGCUUCCAGCCCGAGUGGGAUUUAGCCGAGGAGAGUCUGAAAUGUUGAAGAGAGAAGCUCCUUUCUAUAGCGUCACCAGCAGUGAACAAUCUGUGAAGAACCUAUAUCAAUCAAGUAACGUUGGGAUACCGGGAGUUUGGGUCUUCCACAUUGGUAGCAUUUCGGAAUUAGACAACGUGAUACCGGCUAAAGCGUUGACUAUCCAUACCCAAGAAAGGUUCAUUCCACUCAUAAACUCCCACAAUGACUUUCCCGAAAACCAAGGACAAGAAAACGGGGAGAACAACUACGAUGAGAUUUACGACGAUGCGGAUGGAGACUACUCUCCCGGCCUCACCACCGAGCAGCCCACCACCGACAACACGAACGUCGGCUUCCUGGACAUCGAUGAUCCCGCCACGCGUGUUAAUGGCGAAGAGGUGGAACAGGAGUCUUUACCCUACGACCCGUCCAACAACCCUCUACCGCCAUCUCAGGAGGAGCCUAGCUGGACUCCACACGGUAGAAGUAACCCCUUGGGGGAACCUCACAUAGAGCCUUCGGUUUAUCACAAUCUGGGCAACGAACCGGCCUACAAUACCAGAGAAGAUCCGAGAAACGAAGACGUCACCGACAUCACGCCAGGUCCGCCGGUCAAUCCACAGAAUUCUGACGACGUCUAUAGGAGAGGUCGUAUCUAUGGAUAUGAUGAGGAGGGUGGCUUUGACACCGAUGUACUUACUUUUAACCCCGUGAGUCGAGAGACCUGUGAGAGGAAACCCGGCUACUGCUCGCAAUACGCCUUCUGCACGGACUACGCUACCGGAUUCUGCUGCCACUGCCAGGACAACUACUACGGCAACGGAGUGCACUGCUUACCCAAAGGUGCGCCGCACAGAGUCAACGGCAAAGUAAGUGGACACCUUCUCGUGGGACAGACGCCGGUCAGCUUCGAUGCCAUCGACCUCCACGCGUACAUAGUUGUGAAUGACGGCAGAGCGUACACCGCCAUCAGUCAGGUGCCAGAGCCCGCCUCCUGGUCGCUGACUCCGUUAACGGCCAUUGGAGGACUCUUUGGUUGGCUUUUUGCGCUGGAAAAACCUGGACAUCAGAACGGGUUCAGUGUAACCGGAGCGAAGUUCGUCCACAACAUCGAAGCCGUAUUCUCCCCGGGCGAUGAAGUCGUCCACAUCACACAAGUUGCAGAUGGUUUUGAUUCAGAUAACUACAUUCAUUUAAGAACAACCAUUAAAGGGAAAAUUCCAUUCAUCCCCGAGACAUCGACUGUCCAGAUUAACCCUUACUAUGAAAUCUACCAGUACUCUGGUUCAGUGGUGACGUCCACAGCUUACCGCGAAUACACGGUGACAUCGGCCGAUAAUGAAGUCCAGAGACUGUCCUACCGCCUGAAGCAGAACAUCACCUAUCAGGACUGCAGCCACUCGCAGAGGUUCCCCCCCACUGCCCAGAAACUCGCCGUGGAUCGCAUGUUUGCCCUGUACAACAAGGACGAGAAGGUUCUCCGCUUUGCCAUCACCAGUCACAUCGGAUCGGUUCACGAUUCUUCUCAGGAGCAAACGCAGGUCAGCCCCUGCUACGAUGGGACCCACGUGUGUGACACCCGAGCCCAGUGCCAGCCCACGUCAGGACUGAACUACACCUGCGCCUGCGCGUCCGGCUACCAGGGAGACGGCAGAGACUGCACCGAUGUGGAUGAGUGUGAGGUCGGACUCGCCAACUGCGGCCGCAACACCCAAUGUCUGAACCUACCCGGAAGCUACAGAUGCGAAUGUCAGCAGGGUUACGUGUUCUCAGCGGACGGACAGAACUGCGUGUUGGGCGGUUCUUUCGGGAAUCCCUGUGAGGACGGUACCCACACUUGUGACGUAGCCACUUCUCAGUGUGUUCCACGUGGUGACGGUGUCUUUACAUGUGAAUGUUUCCCGGGUUACGUGAGGAGCGGACAGACUUGUAUCGAUGUGGACGAGUGUACGGAGCGCAGGUGUCACCCAGAUGCUACGUGCACCAACCUCCCCGGGACCUUCUCGUGUCAGUGCAACCAGGGCUACACGGGGGACGGCUUCCAGUGCGCACAGGCCCCAGAUUACAGACCCCCCCUUCUCUCUUGCCUCGAGAAACGUCGCAGCCUCCUGGGACCUUCCCAACCCCGAGGUCCCCGUCCCGGACUCUUUGUUCCCGAGUGCGACUCCGAAGGGAAUUACGCCCCAGUGCAGUGUCAUGGCAGCACAGGGCAUUGCUGGUGCGUGAACAAAAACGGAGAAGAGAUCGAAGGUACAAGAACGGAACCAGGCAGAGGACCCCCGAAAUGUGGAGUGCCAGAACCCACCCAGAGACCCCAGACCAUGUGUGAGAGAUGGAAGCAGAGCCUGCUGGAUCACUAUGGAGGAAGCCCCUCUGCAGAGCAUUACAUCCCCCAGUGUGAUGCCUACGGUGAUUUCACUCCUCUACAGUGUCACGGCAACAGCGGCUAUUGCUGGUGCGUGGAUAAAGAUGGCCGAGAGGUUGAUGGGUCCCGGACGCAACCAGGAAUGACCCCGGCCUGUUUGCCCAGUGUAGCUCCGCCCACAGUACGGCCCACCCCUCGUCCGGAUGUGGUUGCUCCAACUUCGGGAACCUACCUGUUGUACGCGCAGGGUCAGCAGAUCGGAUACUUACCGCUGGAUGGCGUCAAAUUCCGUAAAGAUAAAGCGAGGACGCUGCUGUCACUCCAUGGCUCCAUAGUGGUCGGCAUCGAUUAUGACUGCCAGGAGAAGAAGGUGUACUGGACCGACGUCGCCGGGCGCACCAUCAGCCGAGCAAGCUUAGAGCCUGGGGCCGAGCCUGAAGUCGUCAUCAGUACAAAUCUGAUGAGCCCCGAGGGCCUGGCCAUAGAUUACCUGCGGAGGAACAUGUACUGGACGGACAGCAGCACCGAUAAAAUAGAGACCGCGCGACUGGACGGGAACGAUAGGAAAACGCUGUUCGACACCAACCUGGUGAAUCCACGCGCCAUCACCAUCGAUGCCGUGCGAGGGAACCUCUACUGGACAGACUGGAACAGAGAGGCCCCUAAGAUCGAAACCUCUUUUACCGACGGAUCAAACAGGAGGAUUCUGGUCAAUGACAACAUCGGGUUACCCAAUGGGCUGACCUUUGACCCGUUCUCCAAGCAGAUUUGUUGGGCAGAUGCAGGAACGAAAAAACUGGAGUGUAUAUCGCCCAACGGCAGCGGAAGACGAGUGAUCCAGAGUAAUCUGAACUAUCCCUUCAGUGUGGUGACCUACGCCAAUCACUUCUAUCACACAGACUGGAGGAGGGACGGUGUUAUAUCUAUAAAUAAAGAUAACGCUCAGAUCACAGAGGAAUAUCUCCCGGAGCAGCGGUCACAUCUGUAUGGAAUAACAGCGGUCUAUCCUUAUUGUCCUUCUGGAAGGAAGUGAUGACAUAAGACUCAGUGACCAAAAGAAGCCGCCAUUGAGGAAUCUUCUGCUCCGGUCCCGUUAACCAGGAUCAAGAAGCCGAACGAGCGACUCAACAUAUACGGCAGCGAAGUGAAAAACAGAUUUCCAUACAAAAAAAAAAUUCUAAAAAAGUGUAAAGUUUUUUUUACCUCAGUUUUUACUACUGUAUUUUUCAAAGAAAUGUUUGUACCUGUAAAGAUGGAUGAGAGGCGUCCAGUAACCUGUUUAGCCGCGGAGAGCGCGCAGAAGUAUUGUCACACACCCGUCAUUCUCUCAGGCCAAAGAGGUUCAUCUGAACUGUUCUGCGUUUACUGUAACUACAGAUUUUAAUGGUGCCGAUUUUUUUUUUU